CAUGGCUUAUCCAGAGCAAUUUGAUUGGCUGAAAGAAAGCGUCAAUUUCUGGCCAGGUUUGCCAGGGUUUUCCAGCAUGUUUGGGAAGAAGAAGAAACGGCUGGAGAUCUCCGCUCCGUCAAACUUUGAGCACCGGGUCCACACAGGCUUCGACCCGCGGGAGCAGAAGUUCACAGGACUUCCACAGCAAUGGCAGAGCCUCCUGGCAGACACUGCCAACAGACCUAAACCAAUGGUGGACCCUUCCUACAUCACCCCCAUCCAGCUGGCACCAAUGAAGAUAUCUCCCAAGAAAGUCCGGUCAUCCGAAACGCCGUUGCCCAAAACGAUCGUUCGAGGGAACAGGCCGCCCAAAGAUGCAUCCAUAAAUGGCCUGCUUGAGGAGUUUGACAACAUCUCAGUGACACGCUCCAACUCCUUGCGUAAAGAAAGCCCACCAGGCCCCCACCAAGCAGGAACCAGCUCCAAACCCUCCAUCAGUGGUCAUACAAAUGCCCCGGAGGAGAAUGGAUUCAACCACUACUACUCCCGCUACUCCUGUGACCUCGACACCUCCAGCAGAGACUUCUCACUUGAUCCCAGCAGGCCCAACUUCUCCAUAGAUGGGGAAUGGGCAGUUGGGAGGCACUAUCGGUUCACUAAGCAGAAUGGUCACUCCCACCCCAUACGUAGCCCCUUCUACCCUGAUGCCAUGCCCCAAAAAUCAGACUAUGGCAAGCUUCCCCCAGAUUACCACACCUACUUAGAGAGCAAGGGGCGCUCAGCAGACGAGGUGGCCUCCACAGUGGGAAGCGGGGUGGGCUCCAGUGGCUACUACAGGGCAUCAGUGGGUGGCUCAUCCAGUCAGGACUACAGGGACACUUCAGUAGGAACACCAUCUCGAGCCUCGCUACACAGCGAGCAGAUCAACUACCCAGACAGUGAGUGGAGCUACGGUGGCCUGCGGGACGAAUAUGACAAGCGCCCUAAAAGUUCCUAUGUGACGCAGACCAGUCCCACGCCGGCUAUCAGGCAGAGAUCUCGGUCAGGGUCCGGACUGCAGGAGCCAAAUGUUCCUUAUGCAGCCAGUGGGGCAUUUAAGAAUCCGCCACAGGCUCACCCGUACAGCUCUUACACCUACCCCCGGCUCUCGGAGAGUCUUGGCAACUCACAGACCUUAACCAAGGGUGACUAUGAGCGUCCGUUACGUGAUGGCAGCCCUCAGGUUACAGGCGGUGAUACCUACCCCAGAGGGCCUCUUAAGCAGCCUCCAAGCCACCCAAAGCCACCUGGUUACCCUCCAGCACACCUGCCCUACCCUCCUGUAUUUCACCAUUAUAAACCCUCACCAUAUCACCACCCACCCUCCCAGCCCAGCCCACCGUACACCCCUCAGGGGGCCUAUUCCCAGCCUUCAUCACCCUACAUCCCUCCUGGGGCUUACCCGCCUCCUUCCUGGGGGUCAAGCUCUGACACUCAACCCUCCAGAGUCUCCCAUGAGCAGUUCAGAGCCGCACUUCAACUGGUUGUCAACCCAGGUGACCCUCGGGAGUAUCUGGACAGCUUUAUUAAAAUCGGUGAGGGCUCCACAGGUAUCGUGUGCAUUGCCAGCGAGAAACACAGUGGCAAGCAGGUGGCUGUGAAGAAGAUGGACCUUAGGAAACAGCAGAGGAGAGAGCUGCUCUUUAAUGAGGUGGUGAUCAUGAGGGACUACCAUCAUGAGAAUGUGGUUGACAUGUACAACAGCUACCUGGUGGGAGAUGAGCUGUGGGUGGUCAUGGAGUUUCUUGAGGGCGGGGCUCUCACAGACAUCGUGACUCACACCAGGAUGAAUGAGGAACAGAUCGCUACAGUGUGUCUGUCAGUGCUGAGGGCUCUGUCCUACCUGCACACGCAGGGCGUCAUCCACCGCGACAUCAAGAGCGACUCCAUCCUGCUGACCAGUGAUGGCAAGAUCAAGCUUUCAGACUUCGGCUUUUGUGCCCAAGUUUCCAAAGAGGUGCCCAAGAGAAAGUCCCUUGUGGGGACGCCCUAUUGGAUGGCACCAGAGGUCAUUUCUAGACUACCUUAUGGGACCGAGGUGGAUAUUUGGUCUUUAGGCAUCAUGGUGAUCGAGAUGGUGGAUGGAGAGCCCCCAUACUUUAAUGAACCCCCUCUGCAGGCCAUGAGGAGGAUACGAGACAACCUGCCACCGCGGCUAAAAGAGUCACACAAGGUGUCAUCAGUGCUGCGCUCCUUCCUGGACCUCAUGCUGGUGAGGGAGCCGUCUCAGAGAGCCACCGCUCAGGAACUCCUCCAGCACCCCUUCCUUAAGCUGUCUGGACCUCCUUCCUGCAUCGUCCCCCUCAUGAGACACUAUCGCCACCGCUGACCUGCUGGCCCCUGAGCUGCCCUCCUUUACACUAAAAAUAAAACACUCGCAUACACACAACCAGGGUGGCAGUGCCCUCACCCAGCCAAAUCACCCCACCACUUGGUGGCAAGACACUAACACUCACAUCUGUAACCGUGACGUAGAUUAGCAAGAGGAAUAUCUAAAAAACAUUUCAAGAACACAGAACAGAGAAAAGAAGAAAAAAAAGUCUACCAUUUUAAAUCUUUGGAACGAGAAAUAUGGACUGUGAGAAACUAACCGGACGUCCUGCUGCAGUCCUUUUUUCUCCAGCUCAGUGUAGACUUACAGCAGCCAUCAGCUGGAGCUUUGAGGGUGGUGCAAGCUGCUGAUGAGGUGGAGGGACCCUGGAGCCCAGCACUGUGCUCCAGACCAGAGCAGCCGAUUGCAGAACAAUCAGCAGAGUGGCUUUACUUUCGACCGGUACUGACUGUUGUGUGGUCUGUUGUGCUGCUCCGCUGGUCGAACGGAGACGAGCUCUCUCUCUUUCUCUUCUCACACACUAACAGUGAAAAUGUAUUUUAGAGAAACUUGUAAGUUUUUCUGUACAGUUUUGAUAAUUUGCAGUAUUUUAUCGUGUCGUAACCAUUGUGAUAUGAGCAGUAUUAAAUAGAGUUUCUGCAGAGAUCUUUCCUACUGUUUAUAAUCCAGUUUUUGCUUAAAGAUAUAAGAGAUAUCCCAAAUAAACCCACUUAAACCUAACUGUUACUGAAAAUACUAAAUAUAUUUAUUAUCUUACAUUUGUAGACAGAACUUCCAUUAAAUGUUGGAAAAAAGGGUAAAGUCAGCAUUUUGUAUGACGUUUUAAAGUAUUUAUUUAUUUAUUGGAAUUGAAGGUUUAUUUUUUUGGUAGUGUGGCCUUUGUUUUGUUUUAUUUUGUUCUGUUUUUGUUGGGAUUUGUUUUACAUUUCUUAAAGCGCAUUGGCAGACAGUUGUUCUAUCAUUCAAGCAAUACCCCAACCCUCUUUAUGAAGCCCUGUAUUUAUGAUACUGUAAUUACACCAUGCAUUUAAAUGUAGCACAGACUGAGUGAGCAGGCCUGUUUUCUUUUAUAUUACAAGUCUUGUUUCUAAAGUGACGCCAGCCUGUCGCCGAGAUGUCAGGCCGCUGAUAAAAGGUCUCGUUUUCUACUCACAUCCUCACUGUCAUCAUCUCACUCCUUAUCCCGCCUCAGUCAGACACAGACACUCGCUAUCACUGGAGCUGUGCUGCCAUCCUCAUCUGUGGUCGCACCGGGAGAGAACAGUGUAAUCCUCCUCCCCGCAUCGUUUUUAACCAUCAUUCACUGUGAUAUGUAAAUAUGACUGUGCGUACGUGAACGUGUGUGUGUGUUUGUUUGUACGUCGAUGAGCAAAAGAUGUAGAGCGUGUUUAUCUCUGUACAACAUCUGAAAGUGUGCGUGCGUGUUUGUGUGUGUGCAGGCUAAUCCUUGACACUGUCAGGACCUGAAUGAGUAACACUUAUCUGUGGUGUUGGCUUGUACAGUGAUAUUGCAUGUUUGUUAUCAGUGAAGCUGGUUUCAAUUAAAAAACGCCCAUAAAAACAUUGAAAUGUGUUGCAUGGAUUUUUCCUUCAUCACCUUCUAUAAUCUCUUCUUCUCUUCUUUUUCCCUUCUCUUCAUUUUUCUUCCUCUCUCUGUGUCUCAUAUCAAGCAGAUAUUCUUUUAAAACAGCACACUGUCAGAUUAUUUCAGGGACUUCCUUUCAGCCAUCUGCAGUUUAUUUUUGUUAAUAUUAUUUCCUCUUUGUUGUUUGGGUCCUCCAUAUUCUCUAAAUUCAACAGUUCCCAUUUCCAACUAUUUCACCCUAACUUCACCACAGAUCAGAGGAGCAGAAAGACACAUCCCCAGGAGAGGCGUUGCAGUAAUAUACGAGGUUAUUUCUCUUUCUUUCCUCUAAGCUAUUUCCCUCUGAAGCACUAUAAUGGGAUAUUGAUUUAGCUUGGACAGAGAAUGGAGCUUCUUUCUCGGAGAAAGAUACUUCUGCCAACAGCCCAGUAAAUAAAAGCACCAGUAUGGAGGCCAGCGAGGCCACGGGGCAUCAAUGAGGAUCAAACUCAAGACUGUGGAGUCACUGAGUUAUCAUUAAGGUGAAUAAUAUAUAAAUCCACAGAGUACACUCAACUACUGACAACAGGCCAUUACAUCAAGUUACAGUUAACCAAACAGUCAUUUGAUUUUAUGUGUUGCUGGUCCUCAAAUCAUAUUGGUUGCCAUGUUUUUUUUAAAGGAAUGUAUCUUUUACAAUUUCACAGCUAACCUUUAAACAGCCCAAUAAUAAAUGCACAACUCUAACUGAUAUGAAUGAUUAUAUCCAGGGCCACAACUAUCAUUGAGGACAAUGAGUUCAUUUUAGUUGAA